AUGGUUGAGAUAAAAUUUUCUAAAUGGCUACUGAUCUUAUUUUCAAUAAUAAGCCUGCUUCUAGUUUGUGCUUAUGACAAAGGUACUGCCCGUUACAUAUUUGAUUAUUAUUCAAAAGGUUGCAAAUCGUUUUCUAAAUGGCUUCCACCAGUUAGUGAACCUUCGAGGAUUUAUAUAGAUGAAGUAUUGGUUUCUCGUGUUGUGAAUACGAUUAUUUUGAAUGCCCCUCCUGUUCAAUCCAACAACUCGAAAAGUGCAUUUUUGUUCUUGACUCCUGGUCCAUUGCCUUUUCAAUUGCUUUGGGAUAAGUUUUUCCACGAUCACGACGGAAUGUUCUCUGUUUAUGUCCAUGCAUCAAAUGAAAGACCAGUGCCUGUGAGUCGUCGCUUUGUUAAUCGGGAAAUAAGGAGUGCCAAGGUGGUUUGGGAAGGAAUUUCAAUGGUUGAUGCAGAGAGACGAUUAUUGGCAAAUGCAUUUCAAGACCCUCAAAACCAGAACUUUGUGUUACUCUCUGAUAGCUCUGUACCAUUGCAUAGUUUUGACUAUAUUUACAAUUACUUGAUGUAUGCAAAUACUAGCUUCGUUGAAAACUUUGAGGAGCCUGGUAGAUUUGGAAAUGGAAGGUAUUCACCACGCCUAUUACCUGAAAUUCAGAAGAAAUAUUUCAGAAAGGGAUCACAGUGGUUCUCAAUGAAAAGGCAACACGCACUGAUAACUGUGGCUGACAAUCUUUAGUAUUCAAAAUUCAGAUAUCAUUGCAAGCUAACUUCGGAGGCGAAAUAUUGCGUCUCUGAUGAACAUUACUUGCCAACUUUCCUCCAUAUGGUUGAUCCUGGUGGAAUUGCAAAUCGUGCAGUUACAUAUGUAGAUUUGUCUGAGAAUAAAUGGCAUCCCAAAACAUACAAGUCUCAGGAUGUUAGUUACGAGCUUAUUAAGAAUACUACGUCAAUUAAUCGAAGUGGGCACUUUAACAGUGAUAAACAGUUUAUGCGAAGAGGUAGACGUCAUCCAGUGGUUCCUAUUGAUCUAGAGAUUGAAAGAAUCGCAAGAAAACUUAACAGAGAGAGAAGAGAACGAGAGGCGAUAGUCAUUAAGAUGGCAAAAAACAGAACAUUGAGGGAAUUCUCAAUGCCCUCGGUUGAUGGUAGUGAUCCAAGUAUAACUAGGCCACCGGUGCAAGCCAAACACUUUGAAAUAAAGCCAGCAAUCAUCCAAAUGAUCCAACAGUUAGUACAAUUUGGGGGAGAUCCAAAGCAAGACCCAAAUUCACACAUUACGAACUUCUUAGAGAUUUGCGACACAUUUAAGGCAAAUGUAGUGUCGGAUGAUGCCAUCAGGUUAAGACUGUUUCCAUUCUCAUUAAGAGAUAAAGCAAAUGGAUGGUUAAUGGCAUUACCAGCAGGAACAAUCACCACCUGGAAUGAAUUGGCAUAA